CGGGAGAGGCUGUUUCCAACACGGCAACUCGUAACCCAAAUCUCAAUUUUUAUUCCUGUCAACUGCCACUUGCGGCGGCGGCUCGUCCAACUCCUCUCUCCCUGGCCAUUUAAUAGAUUUUGCGCUUGAUUCCUACCAUCCGCUCGUUUUUCUAAGUCGGAAAUAGUGCAAUCUCCUUUCUUUUCGAAUGUCGUGGCCUCCGGCGCAGUAACACCAACUUCCUGUCGUUCAAACGGCUAUUUACCACCACCGCCACCGUGGAGGCCUUGAAGGAUCUCAAACCGGGCGGCAAUUCGUCUAUGGCCGCCAGGAUGAACCGCCUCGGGCUGGCAGGCGCCAAGUUUCGGCGGUUCUUCACACGCCAGACGCUCGUUGUUGCGCUUGCAAUAUGCCUUGUGUGGUACCUCGGCAUGCAAUUCCGUAGCGAUUCGCAACACUGGUCUCACCUCGGGGGCGAACACCCAGAUCUGCGGACGCCGCCAAAGCGUAUGCCGACGCACAACGUGCUUCCACCAUUAUCCGAGCGCGUGCUCUGCCAUGGCCCCCGCGGUCAUCUGCUGGGGCAGAGCCACGAUGAUGACUUGAGGUCCAGGGAGCUUGAUGGCCCUUACCCUCAACCAUGGGCCGGCACCUUCGAGGAGACGGGCCUGGACCUAGUGGUAAUGACCGCAGAACAGCGAUACGGCCCUUACGGAUUCGGCGAGGACAGGGAAAAUUAUAACCGACAAAAGGUGGACUGGAACACGAUCGAUUGGGGCCAGCUGCAGAACGACUGUUUCGAACGGAAUAGGCACCGCUUUCCGGUAGCGGCGACUCGGUUCGACGAUACGCGCACCGCAAAGCCACGGUUCGCUUUCCGGAACUUCUCCGGGGUGCCCCAGGUCCGUCAUUGGCACGAAUUUGAGCCGUCGCGGCGGACAGCGAUCGUGGUGCGCACCUGGCGCGGCUACCAAUACAUGCCCGAGGACCUCUACUAUCUCCGCUCGCUCAUCGCUGAGACGACGCUGAAGUCGGGCGCUGAGUAUCAGGUCAUCUUGCUGGUGGAUAUGAAAGACUACGAGGGCUAUGACAACGACAUUUUUGCCUCCGAAGAAGCAUACCAGAAGGGACUCCAGGACGCUGGCGUCCCUCCGGAGUUCCAGUCGAUCGCACUUUUGUGGACUGAACGCUUGCUGAAGAGCUGGUAUCCCUUGAUCGGAGAGCACAGAACCAUGUGGCAAGUUUUCCAGCCGAUGCAGCUCCUCGCGCUGCACUAUCCCGAGUUCGAUCACUUCUGGCAGCUCGAAAUGGACAUGCGGUUCCUCGGCGACGCCGGCAAGUACCUUGACAGUAUCACGAUGGUGGCGCGCAACGAACCACGCAAACAGGCGCUCGAGCGUUCCAGCUUCUGGCACAUGAUCUCGGAAAUCGGCGAUUUCGGCGAGUUCUUCAAGCAGGUUGACCAGGCCAACAAGGGUGGGUCCCACGCCUGGGGCCCCAUGCGCGUGCCCGAGAUCCUGCCCAUCGGCCCCGAACCCCCGGUUGCGGACCCGCGUAACGAGACGUUCCAGUGGGGGGUCGGCGAGGAGGCGGACGCCAUCACCACCUCGUACUGCAUGGACGCCAACAAGCCUAACAAAUGGGCUUUCAGGGACUGGAUCUCGGGCUUCCAGUCCGGCGUCAAGACGCCGCGUUUCUAUUGCCCGCCCGCCAUCAUGCGCGCCUCGCGCAACCUAUUGCUCGUGAUCCACCAGGCCCAGCUGGAGUAUGGUAUCCGCGUCCCUUCGGAAGCUACUAUCCCAAGCUUUGCCCUGUGGCACGGCCUCAAGCUCAGCUUCCCGCAGCAACCCGUCUUCCACCGCGAUAGGGACGAUUUCGCCAACAAAGCCAAGUGGUGGCGCGGCGGGCCCAGGGCGAGCUCGACAGGUCUUGGUCCUGAUAACUCGGAUCACCCAAGGGGGAGGGGCCUGACGUUUUGGUGGGAGUCGGAUUGGGCCAAGCACAUCUUCUACGAGUGGAUGGGAAGGAAGCUCGACGAGGGUGAGCCACGGCCGUGGAUCUUGACUGACCGUGACGGGAAGCUCUGGGCACCGAACAUUGUCCUGCAUCCUGUCAAACAUCCAAAAUAGGGAGCCUGAGAGGGGCCGGCGGUGGACAUAAUGGGGGUUGACGGGUAUAGCACUGUACAUGGGGGCUGAGAGAGAGGAUACGAUAAUGGAGAUGGAACAGCACCCGCACCAUUUACAUGGCGUAUGAUAUGUGUAACUACGGGUCAUCUGGAGAGAGGAGUUACGGAGCUGGCUGGGCUUGUGUUUUGGGUCUGGACAUCCAUCCUCUACCUACCUAUCUGUCCGGCUUAUUUGGUUACAUCUUCUUUGAUUGGUUCUUGUAGAUACAUACCUAGUAGACUUGGUACUUAUCUUCGUCUUCUGCUGUACGCAGUGUCGUAUUUGCUUCGUACAGCUUCACCUCAGCCCUCCGAGAGGGGUAAUUACCUACUACUUAGUACGAA